AUGAACGUCCCUAUACACUAUCAGCCUCACCAAUCAAAUGAUGACCCUUCAGGAAUGUCCAUCAUUUGCAUCAUUUCCUGGACUAUUGGUGUCAUGGUAACAGUCGGUUUUAUCGUCAUGUUCGCCAAGUGUCUCAUGGUUCGUCGAUGCCCGCCAUGUCCGCCUCCAACAACAUCAGGACCUUCGAGACAAGGACCUCUGUACCGUGAGCCCAGGUACCCUUUGUACCCUGAGCGUAUAGGCAUUGCACCUCCAGGUCCUCCGCCUCCCCGAGAAUACGAAAGCGAUCUUGAACAAGGAAGCAUCGAUGAACGUGCCGUUGGAACCACCAACAGCUCGAAAGUUGGUAACCAACCUCGCGUACCACCACCUCCAUAUUGCCGACGAUGCUGA